UCCCGCUAUUUCUGCCUCUCUCGCUAACGAACCACCACAACACGUAGAACUACCUCUCUCUCUCGUUUCUCUAUCUCUCUCUCUUCUGUCUGUAUAUCUUUCUCUGUCUUAACGUUAUUAUGGAAUCUUCGACUCGUUGUUCGGUGAUCAUCGUCGGAGCAGGUGUUUCAGGUAUUUCGGCGGCGAAGGUGUUGGCGGAGAAUGGCGUCGACGACAUAUUGAUUUUGGAGGCCUCAGAUCGUAUCGGCGGAAGAAUCAGAAAGGAAGGUUUCGGAGGCGUUUCGGUCGAACUCGGAGCGGGUUGGAUCGCCGGAGUCGGUGGUCAACAGUCCAACCCGGUCUGGGAACUUGCUCGCAAUUCGGGUCUUCGUACCUGCUUUUCCGACUAUAGCAAUGCCCGCUACAAUAUUUAUGACCGGAGUGGGAAGAUCUUUCCGAGUGGAAUCGCCGCCGACUCGUACAAGAAGGCGGUGGACUCGGCGAUACAGAAGCUAAGGAACGAAGAGGCCAACAAUAUUGAAGCUGAGUUGUCCGAACUCUCCGAAACGUCAUCUAAUCCCAAAACUCCUAUAGAGCUGGCCAUUGACUUCAUUCUUCAUGAUUUUGAAAUGGCAGAGGUUGAACCAAUAUCGACAUAUAUAGACUUUGGAGAGCGAGAAUUUUUAGUUGCGGAUGAAAGAGGAUACGAGUAUUUGCUGUAUAAAAUGGCUGAAACGUUUCUCAUGACCUCAGAGGGUAAAAUUUUGGACAGUCGUUUGAAACUCAACAAGGUUGUUCGGGAAUUGCAGCACUCGAGAAACGGCAUUAUGCUGACAACUGAAGAUGGUUGCUUGUACGAAGCCAAUUACGUGAUUUUGUCUGUUAGCAUUGGUGUCCUCCAAAGCAACCUCAUCGCUUUCAGACCACCAUUGCCCAGGUGGAAAACAGAGGCUAUUGAGAAAUGUGAUGUGAUGGUGUACACCAAGAUCUUCCUAAAGUUUCCAUACAAGUUCUGGCCUAGUGGUCCCGAGAAAGAGUUCUUCAUUUAUGCCCACGAGCGAAGAGGCUACUACACGUUCUGGCAGCACAUGGAGAAUGCUUACCCAGGAUCCAAUAUUCUGGUUGUGACAUUGACAAACGGAGAAUCCAAACGUGUUGAAGCUCAGUCAGACCAGGAAACACUGAAAGAAGCUAUGGAGGUUCUAAGGAACAUGUUUGGCCCUGACAUACCCGAAGCCACUGAUAUUCUUGUGCCUCGUUGGUGGACCAAUCGAUUCCAGCGUGGCAGCUACAGCAACUACCCUAUCUAUUUCAAUGAACAAAUGGUUCAUAAUAUUAAGGAACCAGUUGGACGGAUUUUCUUUUCUGGAGAACACACGAGCGAAAGAUUUAGUGGCUACGUCCAUGGAGGAUACCUUGCAGGCAUAGACACUAGCAAAGCUUUACUGGAAGAAAUGAGGAAUGAAGACAGACAAACUGAGAGUCAAAGUUUACUGUUAAAACCCUUGCUAGCAUUGUCCGAGUCGUUAACAUUGACGACACAGACAGAUGCAGUAUCAGGUCCCCACAAAUGUGAUAUUCCCAGACAACUCUUCCUUAGUAAUAGCAAACUAGGGCUUCCAGAGGCAAUCUUAUGACUAAAUGGACCAGCAGACGAACCCCAAUUCGACAACGAGGAGAAUCAGUCCGGUGAGAAAGACGGCACUAUGAAUUUGGAUUGCAACACAGUUCAAGCCUUUAGUGCCAUCCAGAAAGCAGAACAGAAGGAUUUAUCGCUGCAAGAACUGGAAGACCUGCAAAAGGGUGCGUGGAUUAUCCCUUGAAACCAUUGCUAUAGAUAUGGAGCUUCCAGGGAAAAUUUUGUUUGGGCAUAUGUAUAAAGGUUGUUCAUUGAAGUGAAAACUAGAAGGAAAAUCAUACUUACAUUUUAAUUGUAUUGGUGACUUGAAGUUCGUAAUGGAAAGACUUUCUUAACUUAA